UGUUGUUCUUUCACAUAAAAUUCAAAUAUAAAACACUGAUGUCCUAAUGUGUUAAAAUGUGGGGAAAGUUAGGAGGUAAAGACACGUUUGCAUGUCUCUGCAACACACGGAUAGAUAAGCAUUUCCAUAAAGAGAUAUUUUUGUGGUUUAUCACACAGGUUCACAUUUAUGUGCAUUCAUGUGUUUAGUCUAUUCUAGUUGUGCUUCACAGAUUGGAUUAUUAAUCACAUCUUUACCUGCCCCUCCCCCCCACCUGUUGGAGCAGCGUCCAUUACAGCCAACUGUCUGUCUGUCAGUGUCUCUGUCGACACCGAACGGCAGGAAGCCUCUCCGCUCCCCGAGGCGCAGCUUUUUCUUUUUACUGUUGUUUGUCUUUACAGUUCAGCCUGACAGCGCUAUGAGCAGAUGCUCGUUUUUCUACGAAUCCAUCCAGACUCAUGUGGGAGGGUCUACAUGUCACGGCUGUUUUUGUUCGAAGGGUGAAAGCCCAUAAAAACCAAACGGUUGCCUCAGCCCGAGUUGUUAUGACAAGUUGCUGUGGUAACGCCUUGGCACAGAAAGCUCAGAGCCAAUCACACCUGCAGCCUUUGCCCCUUGUUCCUAAUUAAAGCCUGAGAUAAAUGGUGUUUUAUACUUCUGGCCGGACGGGAUCAUCUGCUCAUCUGUCUGCUGAGUUCUGUUCACGACAAGGCAAACGUGACACAAAACGCUUUUCCACUUUGUGACAGUGUGGAAUCUGUUAAGGUUCAAUUUUGAUCCAUUUACAUGAACUUUCUAAGGUCCUGAAAUGUGGAAACCAAAGGUUUUUAAAGGUGUGCUUUCUUUCUAUCAUUAUAUUAAGUUUUCAUGUAUAAUCACUGCAACGAAAGAUACAAGUCGUCUGGAUUCUUUGGUUCUAAAUUGUGUGUGUUUUUUUUUUCUAUUUUCUUAUAAUGUAGGUCAAAUAUUGGAGAGUUUACUUAUUAUUUUGGCCUCUCUAGAAAAAAUAAAGUAUCUUUUUUAGUGUUCUUUUUUCCCAGUAAAGUGACAGUAUUGCUGUUUCUCUUCCCCUUUCCUAAAAUAUAUCCAAUUUUCUUUUUCAAUUUUACCAUCUCUUAAAGGUAAAGCUCUCUUAAAUCAAUCAAAUACCUAUAAAGUGCUAAAACUGCCUGUUUAAUUUCACCUUAACACCCUGAAUCCAAUAAGUCCAAAGUCUUUCAGGGGACGACAAAAUGAAACGGCUGUCUGCUUUGUGAAGCCUGGGUUUCUUUCAUUUGGCCUACGAGGUUUUCUGCACGAAUCUGGUUCAUGUCCACCAAACUCUGCUCAGUUUGAGUUCAGCAGGAUUUCCAGACACUCUGAUGCUGAAAACAGCAGAAGGGGGUUGGAACGAGGUCGCCAUGUUGCACUACAAUGAAAAACAAACACAUUUGAUUGGUUGUAUUUGUUGAUUAAACUCCAUCUCCAGCACAUCCACGGUCAGCUGCAUAUCACACCCUGCUCCCCACACCCCUCCAUGCUCCCCCUGCCCCUCUAUUUACCGAACCCUCUCCCCUCUCUUGUUGCCGUUGGCCGGCUGCCUGGCUGGGACCUCCCUCCCUCCCUGUGAGUGUGUUGAGCCGUCCAGUGAAAGCCCGCCCAUAAAUAGGCUAGCCACACCGGUAUGCGUUCAUACAUUUACAAGCAGAGCUCUGUGAUUGGCUCACAGGCAGAGCACACUGGCAUGCGGACGUAUUACUUCAGCACUGACACCCAGGAGGACAUGAGCACCUGGCUGAAGGCCAUGAACCAGGCAUCGCUGAUGCAGAACCACCCCGACAGCCUCAGACCCGUUGACCAAGUCACCUCGUUGUUGCAACAAGCUGUCCCGCAGACAAACCACGUGAAUCACCAGAAGAUGAAGACCGUAGACUCUGAGACCACAAAAGCAAUCGUCCACGAAGUUCUGCUGGAGCCCAUCCAUCGUAACACAGAGGAGCUCUACAGCUUUCACCAGGACGCCGGCAACGUCACCCUGGACCGCCACGCGGGGACCGCCUCUUUGGAGACGGACAAACAGAGCCCCCUUACAUCCAGACCGCCAGCCGCCUCCGCCCUCCCGCUGUCGGACCGCGCGUCCGCCUCUGCUCCCGUGUCCAGGGUGACGUCCCGCGCUCCGUCCCGCUCUGCCUCGACGUUGCCCUCCAGCCUUUGCACGAGGAAUGGCCUGGUGUCCACGCCCAGCCCCAUCCUGGAGCCCAACGGCAUCGCGGCGGGGACGUACCAGAGAGCGCCGGAGCCGGCAGCCUCCGACACAUUCAAGCAUCUGCAGAGGAGAAACACUCUGGAGCAGGUGGAGCAGUGGGUCAAAGUUCAGAAGACUGAGCAAAGGGGCCCUCCCUCCAGAGAAAACACCCUUCCCCGUCGGACGCCGCCCACGCAGCACAAGUACACCUCCAUGGAUGCCUUUCAGACUUUGCCAAAAACUCCGCGCCACAGCCCCCCGUCGGGUCGACUCGGCGAGUACAAGUACGCCCAGGACCGCCUGAGUCACUUCCGCCUCACCCCAGACCAGGGGGGCCCGGGGUCCAACACCGUGCUGCAGCUGUACGAGUGGCAGCAGCGCCAGCAGUUCCGCCACGGCAGCCCCACGGCGCCGAUCUACACCCCGGCCCCGGAUUACCCGUUCGGGCCCCGCCCUCCGUCCACCGUGCCGCCCUCCUCCUCAUUGCGCAGGUCGGAGGGGUCUCCUCGCUGCGUGUCGGUGCCGCCGUCGGCCGCAGACAUCCCGCCACCGGGACCUCCGCCAGGCACUAGCAGGACGCUGUCCCCCAACCGAAGGCCGCACACUCCCGCCGAACGGGUGACCGUAAGGCCCGCUGGGGACGGGCCCCUGCUGAACGUCCCCUUCACCGUGUCCCCCCGCAGGAGCAAGUCUCAGAUGCUGAAGGCUGCCACUAUUGAGAGACGCUCGAUGCCUCCAACUGGCUACAUCACUCACACAGUCAGCGCUCCCAGCCUUCAUGGCAAGACGCCGGAGGAGCUCACUCUGCUCCUCAUUCAGCUGCGCCGCCACCAGGCCAAGAUGGCCGCUGUGCGUCAGCAGACCUUAGCUCAGAUCCAGCGGCUGAGCGCUCCCAGAGAGUCCUGCCACCAAAACCGCCUCCUCACCACUGUCGCCGCUAGCGACAGCCCCCUCCUCCUCAGCGCCACCGCGUCUCCUGAGUCGCACCUCGGAGAUGUCGGCCCCUGCAGCGUCCAGGCCGAUGACACGUACAUGCAGCUGAAGAAGGACCUGGAAUAUCUGGACCUAAAGAUCAGAGCUCUAGAGCCGCUGAUCCUCGCAGUUCACAGUUUACUACUGCACUGCACUGCUGGGCCACUCAGGCCUUUAAUGAACGUAGCUGGAAGUCAGGUGCUGAAGGAGGCGGGGAAGCCUGUCAAGGUUGCAGAAAGCGAUGUGGAUGUGAAGUUGAGUCGGUUAUGUGAGCAGGACAAGAUUCUGAAGGAGCUGGAGGUGAGGAUCAGCUCCCUGAAGAACGACAAGGACAAGUUGGAGAGAGUGCUUGACGUGUCUCACCAGCAGAUGGAGCAGUACCAGGAGCAGCCAGCUCACGUCCACAAGAUCGCCUACCAGCAGAGGCUGCUGCAGGAGGACCUGGUGACCAUCAGGGCCCAGAUCUCCCGCGUCUCAACGGAAAUGGCGCGUGCGUGGGAGGAGUACAACCGACUGGAGCAAUCAGUGGAGCUGCUAAGGCUGGCACUGCAGGCACACAUGGCCCACAACGACACGUCUCAGCAGGAAAAGGCCGAACUGAAGCGGGAGCUGUGGAGGAUCGAGGAUGUCAUGGGUGGUCUUAGCACCAGCAAAGCCAACUACAAGAUAACUGUGGACUCUAUUCAGAAUCCAGCAGACAGGAGAUUAGUGCCUUCGGUGUCGGACCAGGCGGUGCCUUCUGGCGGCACGGAGGUCCAGCCUCCCCCCCGCAGCUCCAUCUCCCACACUUUGCCUCACAGCACCGUGCCAAAGUGGGCAGAGGACGACGCCCCGCCCAGGCCGCCACUGCCUCGUCUCUAUGACUACGAGGAGACGCCCCCCGUGGUGCCCCCGCUCCCCAAGGAGGCCUCAGUCAUCCGCCACACAUCGGUGCGAGGGCUCAAACGCCAGUCGGACGAGAGGAAGCGGGACAGGGAGGGCGGCCAGUACAUUGCCAAUGGAGACUGUAAGACUGAUUUGAGGUCAUACCUGAGCGAACCAGAGCUGCCAGGAAGCAGCCAGCCAAUCACAGCGUCUGAAGCCGACUACCAGUAUUACCCAGGCAAAGGUUUGUUAGGAACCACGUCUCGGCUGGACCAGUCCAACUCCAUCUCAUCCUACGUCACCUUGAGGAGGGCUCCCGGCAGCGCCGCACCAAAGGACCGACCUAAAAGCGCCUUUGAGCGUCUGUCGUCCCCCACGGAGGGCGGCCCGCCCCUCAGCAGCCAAACCCGAGGCCGGAUGACCGCCGAGGAGCAGCUGGAGCGCAUGAAGCGCCACCAGAGGGCGCUGGUCCGCGAGCGCAAGAGGAACCUGAGCCACGGCGAGCGCUCCGGCGGCGCGGGCCCAGUGGCAUCAGGCUCUCAGCGCUCGUCGUCGGCGUCAUCCCGACUGCCCUCCAGCCCCUCCGUGUUCGACUGGCAGCAGGAGCGACCAGGAGCUGAAGGUCAGAGCGACGAAGGCCUGAAUCUGGUCAGAGAGAGGGAGACGAGGGACUCUGAUGAGUGGAUGACGGUCACCGCCAGGCGCGUCCAGGAGGCUGACCUGGAGCCCCUGGACUACGACCUGGACAUCAGCCGGGAGCUGUCCAAACCGGACAAAGUUGUGAUCCCGGAGCGCUACGUGGAGUCAGACCCGGAGGAGCCUCUGAGUCCAGAGGAGCUGGAGGAACGCGGCCGGCGCGCAGAACGUAUCAAGAACCUUCUCACCAGGUCCAGUGUCCAGAACAUCCAGCCAUCAGCAUCGCUGGAAUUCAACGAGCUGGACAACGCCAUGGAGGAGCAGGAGAGGAUCAUGAGCGUCUCCUACGCGCUGGCCUCAGAGGCUUCACGCAAGAGUAAACUGGUCGCAGCCAAAGCUGCUGCUCAGCCCUGAGCCACAGGACCAGCAGAGGAGACUCAAUUAUACAGAAGAAGGUGCCGUGUAGAAGGAGCUCCACAUUUUUCAUCAAAUUAACUUAUUCAGUCAUUAAAGCAAUAUUUUUAAAUAUAAUUUUAAUACACA